CCAGUAUCUGACAGCAACGCAGCAAAUCGUCACAUAAAAAAACAUCAAAGCAAUGCGCAAUUUAGCUUCGGCGCUUUAGUAUCAAGAAAAAAAGAUUUAAAAAAUCGGGUUGAAUUGUGCCGAUUAAUUCGAAGUUUAGUGGUUGGAAUAUGAACCAGCAGCAGUUGCUCCACCAGCAGCAACAGCGCCGACGCCAAUCUUUACUGACCAAAAGUGUUCAGGAGGAAUAUCUGAUACAUCAGGUAAAAUUACGACCAGUACUGUAUGACAAAUCGCUGAAAGCCUAUCGAAAACCGGGAGCAACUGAUAACGCUUGGGCGGAAAUAUCAAACGCGCUAGGCGUUAAAGCGGAGGAUUGUAAAAAAAGAUGGAAGAGUUUGAGGGAUACAUUCAUUAAAUACUUUCGCCAGGAGAUACUGGUCGCAACUGUUCCGGGGAUGAAACGGAAGAAAUGGAUUUAUUAUGAGCAAAUGGGCUUUCUGCGGACACACGUUGAACUUUAUGGUAUCUCCGAAACGGAUUCUGCUAGCGACAAAGAGACAGUCCAAUCGGAAACAACCAGGAUCAUUCGCAUUCCAGAUUACGUUACCGAUCAGACAGAAUACUUAACCUGCGAGGACGCAGUGGAGGAACAUUACGAGGAUAACCAAACCGAGUAUAUUUACGAAGAUGUGGAAGAAACAUCGCCUACGACAUUCGCUGUUCAUGCGAAGCAGGAAUCUCUUGAAGAAGACAAUGUCGAGCACAUUGUACAUGCACACAAUCAUCAAAAGCUCGAAUUGACGCAAGAGGAUGGCAAUACAAUUACUGUGCCGUUGAUAGAAAGUGUAGAAAAUGUGAUGAAUCCCAGCCAAACAGCGUCAAUUACUGAUCCUGACGAAAGGUUUCUUCUGAGCUGUGCGCCCGUUUUGAAGAGGCUUUCAACCAGGAAGAAUGCCCUCGUCAAGCUAAGGAUACAACAACUGUUGUAUGAGGUAGAAUUCGAUGAGGAUGACGGCGGCGGAAGACGACAACUUAACUAGUCAGCAAACAUAGGUCCACGUGUAUUGUACAUUAGAUCAACAGGACAAAAUUAGUAUUCUGUUAUUAUGUAGAUUAUAAUAUAUUUUUAUGUUCUUCAUGUAGUGUUAUUAGUUAUAGUAAUUGGAGAAUUUAUGAAGCGUGAACCCAUAACUUCUGCAGUGAUGUUGUAAUUAGGAUCAUUAUUGUACAUCGGAAGGUCUGUGAAUAAACUAUAGUGUAUUUUAAACAAAUCA